AUGCCUAAAUUCUUACACUUUUGCAUUGUGAUUCUUCUGAUUAGGCCUGCAUUUUCUCAGCAACAUUAUGACAAUUCGAAAUGCACUUCAGAAAUUCAGUAUCCUGGUUCAAACUACCUCUGCAAUGCGCAUAAAUCUUCGUGUCAAUCCUUCAUAGUCUACCGCGCACAAAAGCAUUAUCAAACACUUUCUUCCAUAUCUUCUUUGUUCAAUACAAACACAUCCCAUCUCAUUUCGUACAACAACAUGUCCCAAACUGAUCCAAACAAUAUCCAGCACGGUCAAGAAAUCUUCGUGCCUGUCAACUGUUCUUGUCCAGACCGCUUCUCCGAGGCUUUCUUUUUAUACAAUGCGUCUAUCGGUGUAUCUCUGUCAGCAAUUGCCUGUGAAGUUUUCGAAGGAUUGGUGAAAGCGCAAAGUCUAAUAGAAGAAAACCGAGAAUUUCAAGGGGGUAUGCAGAAUUUCUCUCUAAUUCGUGUGCCUGUAAAAUGUGCUUGUGUUGAUACAUCUGAUGCAAGAAAUGGGACAAAUUUUCUUGUGACAUAUCCUAUUAUCGGAAAUGACACUUUAGAUAUAAUAGCCAAUAAAUUCGGAGUUCCUCAAGAAAUGAUCUCGGGUGCUAAUGGACUCGGAAAUUUCGAUGCUAUAUUUCCUCUGACAACACUCCUCAUUCCCACAAAAGACGUCCCAAUUCUUAACUAUGAUGUCAUGUCUUCACCACCGGAUCCAAAUCCUAGUUCUCGUCCUCGCCCGGAAGUUCCACUGAAUAACAACAUAUCGAGUGCAAAAUUGAAGAAUCUGAAAGCAAUCCUUGGAGUGGUUAUAUUUGGAACAGUUCUACUAAUCUUUAUUGUAAGUGGGAUUCUAAUAUUUGCACAGCAGAAGUUUGAUCGUUGUAGAUUUAAUGCUUCAUCUAGUCAAACAUCAAAAUUCUCAGAUUUAUCUCCCGACUUUCUCAAUUAUAUGUCAAAGUUCAAACUUACGUUGACAUGUUACAAAAUGGAAGAGCUAAGAGAUGCAACAAAAGAUUUCGAUGAAUCUUUAGCAAUAGGUUCCGCAGUUUACAAGGGAAGAACCGGCGAUAUUGAUGUGGCAAUCGAGCAAAUCAAUUCAGCAGAAGAAGCAAAUCACGUAAUUUCCAUAUUGACAAAGAUCAAUCACAUAAAUGUGGUAAAGCUGGAGGGCUGCUGUUUUGAGUCGAGCCAAUAUCUGGUGUACGAGUUUGUUAACAACGGUAGCUUGAGGGACUGUUUAUCGAAUCUCACGAUGGCUAAACUGUUAACAUGGGAUAAGAGGAUACAGAUUGCUUUUGACAUCGCCGUGGGGCUACACUACAUGCAUUAUUGCACAAGGCCUAAUUACGUUCAUCACAACAUAAACAGCAAAAGUAUCUUAAUUACAGAAAAUUGGAGGGCUAAGAUUUCGGGGUUCAGACGAACAAGAUCCAGAAGUUGCAUUGAAGAAACGAGAGGGACUCGUAAGAUAGAUACGACCAUCGAUGUGUAUGCAUUUGGUUUGAUUUUGCUCGAGGUAUUAUCGGGUAAACAGAUCACUGCAAAUGGGAGGUCGUUCAAGGAUUUUCUCGAGAUAUUAGGAUGUAAAGAGCUUCAAGAAUCGUCGAAAAGCUUGGAGAAAUUGAAGACAUUUAUGGAUCCCGUAAUGGAAAAGGAUUACUCGUUGGAAGGUGCUGUAUUCUUGGCAUGCUUGGCCAAGGCCUGUUUGCAGGAAGAUCCAUUCGAAAGACCUUCAAUGAAUGAUGUGCUGAAAGCUCUCUCCAUCAUUUUAUGA